UGAAUGACGCCAAAGUACACUUUUCUGGCCUUGUUCCAUUCGAGUCACCAUGCAGAGCGCCAGUAGCAUAGGUAUGCGCAGAACCUUCACGAGGUAUGUAAAGCCUACACGUUGCAGGUUAUGCUCUCCAUCUCGGUUCAGGAGCUCUACACUCCCAUCCGACUCCCCCUUGUCAUUCGAUUAUGUUGGCUAUAUCAAUCUUUGCAGUCGCUCUCGGCGCUAUAGUCCCGAACGUUGCCGGUGCAGAGCUGUUCCAGUGGUUCAGCGACUAUGACUGCAAGAAUCCUGUGAACGGAGCAUGUGUUGCCAGCGAGGGAGAAUGUUGCACUCCGCCGUACCCUCCAGGCAUCAACUCGGUGUAUGUCACAGCCACAGACGAUGCUAGCGAGAUUAGCUUCACCAUAUUCGCAAACGGGAACUGCCAGAACCCGGUCGACCCCAUCUUGCAGUACUCCGGCUCAGGUGCCGCGGGCACUGGGUGUUACAACGCUGCGAACGCGGCGGUCGGUUCGACUCUCGGUGGCGAGGAAUUGUAAUUCGCCGUGGAUGAGACGUCUCGUAACCACUGUAUGUAACCAGAGUCGUCAAUCAAUCAUACUACUACCCCGCAUGUUGGACAGUAU